AUGUCACAGGAUCCGUUAUAUGAGUUCAAACAACAGUUUGAGAAAUUUGUUGCGAGUAACCCCAAUGUGUCUUCGGUGACUUCUGCUGCUUCAAGGAUUCCUGAAUCGUCGAAAGCUGUUGUGGUAUUAUCGCCUUACUCUCUUUCUCAUCAGUUUCCGCGUUAUUGGGUUUCUAAGUCCUACAAGAAAACUAUUGUCGAGCGUCCUGAGCGUCUCCUGGCAUGCUGUAUUGGUGUAGCGGCCGCGAUUACGAUGUAUCCGGCUUUGUUCACGGUUAAGACUUCGAACCGUCACAAGACUUCAUUAUUGGCACCACAUGUGCUGAAAGUACAUGGUAAGGAUUGGCCCAAAAAACUAUUGAAGCUUUGUAAAGAGUCUGAAAGGAAGCUAGAGAGACAAGAAAUUGAGGUUCCAGAAGACUGGAAUGUGGGAGACAUUUACCUAUCGAGACAGACGAUUGCUGCAUUAGAAGGAAGCAUUGGAGCACUUGAAGUUGGUAUCGACUCCAUCUUCGAAGGUGCAAGUAUUGAACAGACUUCAAAUCGUGCUUUCGUGGCUAUCAGACCACCUGGACAUCAUUCACACGCAUCUACUCCAUCAGGCUUCUGUUUACUUAACAAUGCACAUAUUGCUAUUGAAUAUGCCUUCGAAAAAUAUGACGUUACCCACGCAGUGAUUCUUGAUUUUGAUCUACACCAUGGGGACGGGACCCAGGAUAUAUGUUGGAAACGUGCUGGGUUUAGACCAGAUGAGUUUGCUUCGGAAGCAGGCUCGGAUUCAGGCUCUGCUGAGCUAGAAAAUGAAGAUGAUGAUGAAUAUGAUGAAUUUGGUAAGACAUUCGCCAAAUUCCCCAAAGUGGGCUAUUUCUCCAUGCAUGACAUUAAUUCUUUCCCAACAGAGCUAGGAUACGCUACUAAGGAAAACAUCAGGAACGCUUCUACUUGUAUCAUGGAUGCGCAUGACUUAAAUAUAUGGAAUGUGCAUUUGCAACCAUAUAAGGAUGAGGAAGAGUUUGUUAAAUUAUACCAAACUAAAUAUAGAUCAAUCUUUGCUAAAGCUGAUGAAUUCUUUAAGAACGCCAAAGCGGAAAUGAAGAAUGGCGGAUUUCGCUUCAAGGGUCUUGUUCUCAUUAGCGCUGGUUUUGAUGCCAGUGAAUACGAACAGCAAUCUAUGCAAAGACACAAUGUAAAUGUUCCUACAAGUUUCUACAACAUGUUCACAAAAGAUGCACUUAAAUUGGCGCAGAUGCACUCUAGUGGUAAGAUUCUCUCAAUAAUGGAAGGUGGCUAUUCGGACGGCGCAAUAUCUUCCGGUGUCUUUUCUCAUUUAAUCGGUUUCCAGAAUCAGAACUGGAUUAAUGAAUGGGGCUCUGAACAGGUUGUUAAAGAAAUUACCAGAGGCUGUAAGCCAAGAUGGAAACCAUACAAAACCAAGAAGGCUCGUGAUGUAAUAAGAAUUUGGGCUGAAGAGGUGAUUAUGUUAGGUAGAAGCAUGAUUCCUGAGUUCAAAUCGGUCCUUUUUGAGCCGGAACCACCAAUUGUACAUCCAGAGGUGAGACUCACAAGGUCCAAGUACCACGAAACUCUUGUAAAGAAGGAGCAAGAUAUUCCAAGAGCAGAAACACCUACCCCACCUCCUACUCGUAGCGAGCAAGUUACCGCUAAAACCGAAGAAAUUCCGUUUGUUGAACAAGUUCUGCCUAGUGAUGAUGAAAAUGAUGAUGAUGAAGACUAUCAAUAUGACGAAGAACUAAAUAAAACGUUUAAUAGAACUGUUGAGGAUAUCACCAUUGAUGACAUUUCAAGACAUUUGGAAACGUUAGAUAUUUUACAAUUGUCCGAUGAAGAUGAGGUCGAAAGUACUAGACUGAGAAACAAUGGUGACCCCAAGGUCGUCACUAACCAUCGCACCUCUCCGGUUAAUAACUCACAUACAUUGGAUCCAGCAUCCGGUACUAGGCAUCUGAGCGGAAACGGGAAUGUUUCUGGUGUGCCAUCUGGAAAUUACAAAAUCCCCUCCAGCACCACAACUCGCCAUCUGCGCAGUAAUCGACAUUCAAGACUUCUGAACUUCGAUGACAGUGAUAUAUCCAUGAUAUCGCACGCCUCUCCGCCUCGAUCCAAAACCCGUUCCUCAGGUAAAAGCAACGGACAUUCCAACUGGUAA